AAAAAAAAGAAAAAAAGAAUCCAACACAACACAAUAGCCUCAAAGACCAACAACGUUUGCACUUUCUCCCACACUGUCUUUUCACUGUUCAUUCUCUGUCUCUUUCCUUCUCUUUUUUCCCACAUCAUCCCCCUCUUCUCUUACGUUUGUAGAAAGUAAGAAAUCAAGAAAGCUAGUGUUUUAUGACUGCCAAAGUAUAGCAGGCAGGAUGGACUGGGACAACAAUCAAGAAAAUCACCAGGACAGUCAUCAAAAUCAAAGAGAGUGUAGAAAUGGGAUUAACGGGACUAAUGUGAAUGUGAAUGGUAAUGGUGGAACUAAUAUGUUGUAUGUGAAAGUUAUGACAGAUGAACAACUGGAAACUUUAAGGAAGCAAAUUGCUGUUUAUGCUGCUAUUUGUGAACAGCUUGUUGAGAUGCAUAAAACCCUCUCUGCCCAGCAAGAUCUUGCAGGAGGCAGGCUGGGGAAUCUAUACUGUGACCCAUUGAUGGCAUCUGGGGGUCACAAAAUUACUGCCAGACAGCGGUGGACUCCAACACCUGUGCAGCUUCAAAUUCUUGAGCGGAUCUUUGAUCAAGGAAAUGGAACUCCAAGCAAGCAAAAGAUUAAGGAGAUAACAUCUGAACUCAGUCAGCAUGGACAAAUUUCUGAGACAAACGUCUAUAAUUGGUUCCAAAAUAGGCGUGCUCGAUCAAAAAGAAAGCAGUUAGUUGCAUCAUCCAACAAUGCUGAAUCAGAAGUGGAGACAGAAGUUGAUUCAUUAAAUGAAAAGAAGAAACCAGAAAUAUUUCACGCCCAACAGAAUCCUCCUAGGGCUGAAGAUCUGUGCUUCCAAAGCCCUGAGAUAAGCUCUGAACUUCAUUUCUUGGGGGAUGACCACCUGACAGGAAAGAUGGGAGUGCCAGGGAACUAUAAUCUUUACGAUCAAGCAGAGGACUAUGGCAUGGCAGGCUGACACUCAUUUUGUCUCCAGAUACUAAUUUGUUUGACCAAGUUAGAUCUUGACUAGAAUCCAUGGCUUUCCAAGUGUGAGGUUGUUGGCGUGAUAGCAAUGAGAACGUGACCUUCGCUCUAAUCAUGGGGUUAUUCUUCACCCAUAAAAGAUGCCCUAUAGUUAUAUGGUGCCUGUCAGUUGGAAGAUGGAUGAACCUGUACUGUCUCGUAAUUUCUCUUUGGUUUGUGUUCAAUAGAUUUACCUUCAGGAUCUUUUGUAUGUGUUCAUAGAGUAUACAAAUUUGCGGGGAGUAAAACCAAUGGUAUGUUAAGGGUGUGAGGCUUUUGCUGGACAUGAACUCGUGUAGCUGUCUUUUUUCUGAAUUCAUGAAGUAAAAUUGUCUUUAACUUUUGAUA